CUCUCAACAUAAAUGAGGAAGUGACCAGUUGGCCACAGUGAUCUGCCUCCUUUCUCCUGCUGAUCACUGAGAGAAGACAUUUCAGGCUGCUCAGUUAGUGUGUGCAUGUUUGCUGUUAAAUAAAGUAGAAACUUCUGUGUGUAAGCUGCUGACUGGAUCAACAGAGUCUGAGGAGACAUGGAAGCUGUGAUCGGACUGUUGGUGAUGAUACUGGGAGUCUCUCAUGGUGUGGAAACCUCCUGUGAUGGCCGACAAGAUGGAGCUCAGUGUUAUGGAGCUUUGGGAGGAACUGUGGUCCUCCGGCUGAUGGACAGCGCCUCAGAAAUAUUUAGAUACCACUGGUCAACCAAAACAACACGAAUACUCUAUGGGAGAAAGAAUCUGAUUGUGUCUAAUGAGAUAGAAAACAGAUCAUCAUUUACUCCCAGUGAUGGAACAUUUAGGAUCAAUAACCUGAGCUGGAAUGAUGAUGGUGUAUAUAAACUUACAAUCUAUGAUUCAAAUGGAAUGAUAUCAGAGCAGCGGACUCUACAUUUGUCUAUUCAAGGUGAGGAAACCUCCUGUGAUGGCAGACAGGAUGGAGCUCAGUGUUAUGGAGCUUUGGGAGGAACUGUGGUCCUCCGGCUGAUGGACAGCGCCUCAGAAAUAUUUAGAUACCACUGGUCAACCAAAACAACACGAAUACUCUAUGGGAGAAAGGAUCUGAUUGUGUCUAAUGAGAUAGAAAACAGAUCAUCAUUUACUCCCAGUGAUGGAACAUUUAGGAUCAAUAACCUGAGCUGGAGUGAUGAAGGAGAAUAUACUCUUGAAAUCUACGAUUCAGAUGGACGAAUCACAGAGCAGCGGACUCUACAGUUGACCAUUCAAGGUGUGGAAACCUCCUGUGAUGGCAGACAGGAUGGAGCUCAGUGUUAUGGAGCUUUGGGAGGAACUGUGGUCCUCCGGCUGAUGGACAACGCCUCAGAAAUAUAUAGAUACCAUUGGUCAACCAAAACAACAACAAUACUCGAUGGGAGAAAGAAUCUGAUUGUGUCUAAUGAGAUAGAAAACAGAUCAUCAUUUACUCCCAGUGAUGGAACAUUUAGGGUCAAUAACCUGAGCUGGAAUGAUGGUGGGGAAUAUAAACUUAGAAUCUUUUCUUCGAAUGGACGAAUAUCAGAGCAGCGGACUCUACAUUUGUCUAUUCAAGCUCCUGUGUCCUCUGUCCUGCUGGUCUCUGAGUGUCUGUCCCAGGGAGAGAUGAGGGUGUCCUGCUCCUCUGAGGGAGGGGACAGUCCUCAGUACAGCUGGACUCUGGAUGGACACACACUGACAGACGCUGAGCUCCUCUCUGGAAACACUGAGACCACCAACAUCACUCUGAAACAACACGUCUCAGGAGAACUGGUCUGCUCAGUCAGGAAUAAUGUCAGUAGUGUCUCAAAAGAAAUGAAGAUUAUUAACUGUGGCUUCAUAUUCAUUAACUGCAUCUUACCCAAUGCGACACACAUAUCACAGUGGGUGUUUGCAGCCAAUAACACCCUGUGUAUUGAGCCAACAACAGCUCCUACCACGACCACAAAAACAUCCACUGUGGGUAAGGAGACUGUCAGCAUACUUAACCCCAGCACUAAUAUCACAUCCUCCAAUGAAACUGUGACUCCCCCCAGCAAUGAUGGCCCAUGGUAUAACAACUUGCCGGUAAUGGCCGGGGUACUCUCUGCACUGGUGCUGCUGUUACUGAUCGGCGUGGCUGUCAUCUGUUCUCAGAGGAAAAAGAAAAACAGCAAACCUAAAGAAGAAGACGACCAGGAGUUGACCUAUGCUGAUGUCAGGAUCGUGCAGCGGCAGGGGAUGCAGAUGCAGCAAAGGCAGGAGACACAGGUGGAGUACGGCGAGGUCAAGUUCUCAGAGCGACCUCGGCAGCCCGUAGAGCCAGCGGGAGAUGACUGUAUGUACGCCAAGGUCCGUAAAGCCAGGUGAUUCAGGGUGUUCAGUGUUUUCACAAAGACUUCACCGCACCACUGAAGAUGGAGGAGGUGUUUGUCCAGAGGCCAAAUACUGUAGUUGUUCAUCUUAAUUUAAUGUGAUGUUUAAUAGCAAAAAUGUAAAUAGAUAUUAUUAUUCACCAUUUUACGUGUACUUCUGUGUUGACUGUGCAUCAAAGUAUCAUCUCCAUCAUUUGCAUCACAAUGUGACCAUUUUUUAAUAGACUAGUUUUUGCGGACUAUUUAAUAUGUUCAAGAAAAACAAGACUUUCAAUAUUUUUUAAAUGUGUGCCACAGUUUUUAUUCUACUAUCUUUAUAUUUAGAUUAUGUUGUACUUCUUUUUUUAUUGGCUCGGUUUUUAUUUAUGAGCAUAUCUACUUUUAUUUGGUUGUUAAAAUGCUGCAAACUCGCAAUAAUACUAGUAUGAAUUUUAAGAAUAACAGUAUGUUUGGUUUUUAUCACUCUACGGUGAUUGGCAGGUGUCAUCAGUACGUUUAUGUUGGUCUGUGUUUCAAAGGCAUCAAAAUUGGCUACAUUUAACUUUAUUUCAGACUUAUAAGCAUUUACUUAGAUAACAAUGUAUUUAUUAAAUAGACGUGGGUGGGUUAAUUGAGAGUUGGAGUAUAUCAAAUAAGUAUGCUCCUAUGUUAGUGUACAUUUAUUAAAGGUUCGGUGUGGUGUGUGGGAGUUAUUUCAGAUUUGAUCAUGCUACCUUCCACUGGCUGCCUUGCCAUAAGAUAAGCUUGUAGAGAAAUGUCUUGCCUCUCAGGAAGCUCACAGUAACCACGUAUUUGUUUCCAUGAUGUAAACACUUCUGCUUUUUUCUCCAGCAUGUGCUCUCAGUCUUGCAAAACUGUCUUAUCAGUUACAAGGGGUGUUUUUUAUUAUUACCUCAUUAUAUGUGUGACAGUUUCAACAGUUCAGUUCCCCCUUAAUGCAAUCAUACAUAAGGAUGGGCUGUGCAGUGUUAAUCAUCCUUACUCUGAUAUAAAAAAAAAAGUAGUGAGGGAAUUUAUCUUUUUCAGUAGAUGCAGAGACAGAUAACACACAGUCUAAUUAUAUUAUAUCUUAGACGAAGCCUGCAACAGAACAUGCUGUUGCUCAGGGUUUCAAUUUAGCAGCAAAGGAGCUGAAUCAAAAGGGAGAACUGGGAGGGACACAUUUUAAGGAACUUACCAACUUUGCACACUCUGAGCAGUCAGUGUGUCUAUCUUUUAAGAUCAGAUUUUUUUCUCAUUUUAGAUGAUGUGUUGAUUUUAAUCAUUUAGAAUUUGUGUAAUUCUGAGCUGCAGCUUUCAAGUCUGGAGGUGGAACUAUUCUGCAUUGUGGAUAUUUAUGCUAAUUGUUUUUGGGUCAAUAGAAAGUCAGCUGAACAACAAGUAGAUCAAUAUGUAAUUUAUAGCGUUUUUCGUGCCUUAGGCAGGUAAGUUAGUCAGACUUAGACAAUAAUGCACAAGAAAAUUUAAUCUUUUAUGUAUUGACACUGACCCUUGGAAAUGCUGUUUUCUAACCCUACUGUGAGACCACAUCAUACAGUACUCGUUGAAUUAUUCUAGUAACAAAUCUAAAUACCCCCCAGACUCUUGGCUUUCCUGCCUCCUCGAUAAUUGGUGCUUGUAACUCGCAGCUUUUAGCUCGUAACUUGUAACUUCAGUGUCACAUGCACAGAUAGGGACUUUCUGCGUCCUUCUCUCAUCCUGUUGAAAAUAUCACAUGUGCAAAUUGCAUCUGUGUGCACAAAACCUUUUCACACAAUCACACAAUAUAUCCACAGCUGCUAAACUAAACUACUUGUGAACAUCAUUUCACAAGCUCGAAAUAUGAAUGACGCUUAUUUGCUUUCAUAGUUGUGCUCAGCUGCAGAGGAUGUAGUAAUAUACAGCAAGGGCAGAAACAAAUGGUUCAACACUUGAAGGCAUUAGCAAGUGGAAUGAAGUCUUGCAUUAAGUUAUUGCUUGUUGAAGCCCUAAUUUUUCUAGGUUGAAUUCUUGACUCUUAGAGACAGAAGAAUGUACAAACAAAGCAUAUAAUAGUAAAUAUUUUGGAGAAAUAACGUUUCAUAUCGAGUGCUCCUCGAUGGUUUUCUGUAGGCUGCCAUGGAAGUUAGCAUUGCACUGGUUCCCUUGUCAAAAAGCCUGUUGGAUGUUGGAUAGGCCUAAUGUUGGAUUAUUGCUGAAAAUAACCUCUGCGGAAAACAAAUAUUUACUUACAUGUUUUGUUCAGCAAGAUAAUCUCCACAAAUGACCAUUUUCAAGAUUAUUGAAGCCUAAAUGUAAUCGCCAGGGGUAAAAAGCUAACGUUAGGCUAUCAACAAGCUACGCUAUGGUAGCAUGACUAAACGUCACCACCCUAGCAACACUGUAAAGCCGUGUUCGGCGCGGCUUAGUGUGAUGAUGACCUGUAGUCUCAUUUAGCCACAUGUUGGCAACCACCUUUGUUAAAAUAUGUCGAAGCUUCAAAGUUCACAAGCGGGGUAUUCACUGACAUACUUUAACUUCAAGCACCUAACCAAAAACCCACUCAAGAAACCCACUGACUUUGAGACGAGGGAACCACGAGUGGUAAAAUGCUAACUCAUUUCCGGGUUUUAAGACUCAUUACUGGUGGACUCAGUUGUCAAAGCUGUAAUCAGAUGCUGUUGCAUGUGCCAACAGCCUUUUGAUAUGGGCGUGGACUAAGUUAGAAAGUGUACAGCCAAACCUUUGACCCUCAGGCAGAGCACCCUCCUUUUCUCACCUCAGUAUCAACAUCUAAAAAUGGUUUGUAACUUCAGCUUUAACCGAAAUAACUUCUUUACAAAGCAGCCAUUAUCAAUUUGUUUUUCCGAUGGUAAUUUUAGUGAGAUUAAAUUUUUAUAGGUCAUAUGAAUCCAUGUGCUUUUAAUUCUUUAUUUGCUUUGGAUUUAAUUGAUUCGCGUGGUUUGAUAGCUUGAGGUUAAAGGUUGAUAACCAUGGACUACCAUUCAGCUGAUUCACAGAGCCAUAAAAUCGGUGUUUAUGGUUCAUAAGAGUUGUAGUGUCCUUAAACAACCGCCUGAGAGCUUUUUAUUUAGUUGAACCCACACAGUCGAACUUCUGACCGACAUAAUCUACUGAGCAAAUAAUUGACAACACGAAUGAAGUGCGAUAAAACUGCUCCAAAAAUCCAGAAUCCUUUUGCCAUCUUGUCAGCCAGCCCUACUUUGUUCAGUAUGAUGAUUAAAUGGGAACCAAAACUGUCUAGUAUUUUGCAGCUUUUAGCCUUUUUAAUAUGUGAACAACAUUGAGGUUAGAGUGCUGCACCUUAUCUCUUGAUAGGUUUGAUCGAAUCAUAACUACAGAUUUUUUUUUUUCCUCAUAAAAACCACAUGAUUUUAUCAGUGUUGUUACACAUUCAUGUGAUGUUAUCACGUAAGGUUGAAUUUAGGUAGCUAUAAAACCAAGACUGGCGCUGAUUCUUCAACCCUGAGCACGCCAGUUUUACAUUAAAGAUAUCCAUCAGGAGAUUUAGGAUUUGAUUUUUAAAAAAUUUGUCAGCUAUUUGACAAAAAAGUCAAUAGUUUGAUUCGAAAUUGUUGAAGCGUUGAAGUGUAAUUUGGUAUUUAUGCAGUACAGAUGUUUUCUGUGGGACAGUGUGAAUGUUCAGAAAUG